GUUUUGUCAUGGUAACGGAUCAUAAUGGCUGUCAGCCAAGCACAGAGAGAGCUCUGAGCUUUCGAAAUAAUGGUGAAUUUCGAAGACAUACGUGUUAAUGCUGAUGUUCAAAUUCAGCAAAAAGAAUACAUUUGGAGCGGUAAGGUAGCAUGGAAAGGAAAUUUGCUCGGCAGAAAAGGAAAUUGGGUCGGUGUUCGUCUCAAAGAAAAAGUUGGGAACAGUAAUGGAAGUUUUAGUGGAAAACAAUGCUUCAAAUGUCCUCAUGGCUAUGGUGUGUUUGUGAAGGCAUCAGAACUUAGAUUUCCACCAACUAGAGGAAGGUCUUCAAGUGCAUAUCGUACAGUUUCAAAAGAAUCUCAUGUUGAUGAUACACUUUUUGGAACCAAAACAGCAACGAAAAAUGAUGAUGAGAUAAAAAGAACUGUUAAAGUACCGAAGAUAUAUGCAAGAUCAGCAAGUGACAUUUUCAAAGAAAAACUUGAGAUGAACGAAAGAAAGUCAUUCCAUUUAGGCCAUCCAAUAGGGAGCAGGGUUAUGCUUGGCAAAUCAUCAGGACCCUUCACUGCUCAGCCUAAAAACGCACGAGAUAAUUUGCUUUCUGCUAAAGAACUAAAUGGUGCUUCCAAGAAGUCAUUAUCAUCCUCUCUUGUCCUAAUGCACACAAGAAAUAUAGCACAGCCGUUUCUUUCUGCCCCUUCUAUUCCUUCAGCGAGAAGCAAUCCUAGCAUGAGACUGGGAGGCAUUAUCUAGUAAUGAUUUAUUUAGUCGCUUGCUGUAGGCAAAUAUUCUUACGUCUUCUGCACUGAGGUAUCCAGUAUAUCAUCAUUUUUCAAGUUAAUUUACUUGGCUAAAUUACAUUAAUAAAUCAUGAUGUAGAAGAAAUUUCAUAAGAGUCAUAAAGGAACUGAAUAAUGUCUAAUUGAUAUGGUAAAUUGAAGUACCCACAAAUUCUUUUUCGUGUAGUAAGAACCCAUAAUAAAGCCUAGGGUUGCCGUUCUAAAAAGUUAGGAAGAGGGGCAGUGCUGUAGCCAAUCCAAAAGGCCACUCCCAUUACCACAGCCUUACCACACCCAAUAUGGUUGCAUUUGUGUUAAAGAAUCUCCGUUGUGUGUAGAGGUCAUUCAAACUAUUCGAUGGUACAAACAAACUGAUAAGAAGAAGUUAAUGCAUGAGGAUUCUAUAGUAUAAUAAAGGGUUGUCAACAUAGAAUUCGUCCAACCAAAUAUGAACCCACUUGUUAAUGGGGGCUGAGUCCCCUCCCCCGAAAUCUCUCAGAAUUUUAACAAGGGAGCUGAGACCCCUACGCGGCACCACUGCCUAGUAACUUUUUAGGAUAAUAGAAAAAGUGCAGUUGAGGAAAGCAAAUAACAACUCCUAGAAUUAUGUCACUGCUUGCCAUUAUAUUACAUAGGAUACUAAUUCUAUGCCCUUUGGUGUAGAUGUAAUAAUGCUUAAACAGGUGAUCCACAAACUACCUCAAGAAAGAAAGGUCGAUGUUGAGUACUCCAGUUUCUUAAUGUUCUGGAAAUUUCAAUACUCAUUGUUUCUUAAGAGUUUCUUGAAUUCAUGAUGUCAUGAAUUUAAUAUUUGGGGUUCCUUAUAUUUAAUUGUUCAUGCUAGGAAGCCUUUUUCGCAAAAGUUACAUUUGAUUUCAAAGUUUUUCUCUUCUUCUGUUUUACUCGACGACACUGGUAACCAUUGCCCUCGGUGAAGAACGUGUUUCGAGAAACCAAGCGAAAUUAGCGUUUUUUGUUUCUUUUCUGUCAUACUUUCACUUUAUGGAAGCACAUUAAGAGACGUAGGAGAGUUAAAAUUUCCAACAAAAACUUGUUUUUGAGGGAUUUUCACAACAAUUUGGACUUGUCGAUGUUUCUACUGUUAUGAAAUUAUGCUAUGUUAUGAAUAUUUCGUGACUUUUUUAAUCACGUCAAGAGAUUCGCUUCCGUUCUGAUGCUGUAUUUAGAUGUGGGAGGUUAAUUUUAUUCCGUGUGUCUUAAGUUCUAGAGGCCAACAGGGCAAUCGUGUUCUUGGAUUCUACAAAAGUUCGUUGUCCUCAGUUUUAUUGCGAUUUAAUAGUUUCUUAAUUUUUUUCCUUCGAGUAUUCAAGUUGCUUAAUUUUAUUCUGAUUGUCCAGUGCUCGUUUCUUGUA